AAGGAGGCGGGUUCACUGAAUACAAGGCUGGUUGGAUGAGACUUCAGAUGGUUUCUGGAGUGGAGAUACACACAGACAGUAGGGAGCGAUGUCCGGAGCAGAGAGCAGCCCUCUGACCACUCAUGUGCUCAACACAGCAGAGGGGCUCCCAGCCUCUCGACUGGCCCUCAGUCUGCACCGGCUGGACCACAGCACCAAGAUCUGGAACAUGCUCACUGUUGGGACUACAAACACAGAUGGUCGGUGUCCAGGGCUUGUCUCCAGAGCAGAUUUCACUCCAGGGAUGUACAAACUGCGCUUUGAGACGGGAGAGUAUUUUAACAACCUGGGACAGAGCGCCUUCUACCCCUAUGUGGAGGUUGUUUUCACCAUCAAGGAACCAAACCAGAGAUUUCACAUCCCUCUUCUCCUGAGCUGCUUUUCCUACAGCACAUACAGAGGCAGCUGAGGCUUUCUGCAUACCUCAUAUCUAUCAAAUACUAGCCUAAAUAUAAAGAAUAGUGUGUGAUAUUUGUUGUUUGAUUAUGGUCACCACAAAAAACAGGGAGAGGAGCAAUAUAGAAAUUGGUAAGGCUAAAGAGUUGUUUGUUGUCCAAGUAAACUACUACAAAUCCUUUAGUUUUUGUGCAAUUAUUAAUGACAAUGGCAGAACCUGUUAGGUUGUUUGAUGAGAAAUAAUUUUGUGUCAAUAAGUAAAAUUUGCUCUUGUCGAGUCAAGUUCAAUGAAAAAACAGAAAAAAGAAAAGAGCUAAAGAUGCCAAAGGACCCAAUGACAGCUUGUACCAUGCCUGUAUGUAACAAAGAAUGUAAUUGUAAUU